UCUCGCUCGCCCUCCUGCUCCUCUCGCCUCCCGUCCACCUUCGCCAGCCCCUCCUCUUCUCUUGUAGUUCGACACUAUGUGUGGCCCCUGCCCAGUGCUCUGUGUCCUAUCUGGAUCUACCUGGAUGUUCUCUUCUCUACAGCCAGUAUAAUGCACUUGUGUGCUAUAUCUCUGGAUCGAUAUGUGGCGAUAAGGAAUCCCAUUGAGCACAGCCGCUUCAACUCUAGAACCAAGGCCAUGAUGAAGAUAGCAGCUGUAUGGACCAUAUCAAUAGGUGUGUCCAUGCCUAUCCCGGUGAUCGGCCUUCACAACAAAGACAAGGUGUUUGUCGACGGCAGCUGUGUUCUAAACGAGGAGCGCUUCAUGCUGGUUGGCUCCUUCGUGGCUUUCUUCAUCCCAUUGGUCAUCAUGGUUGUGUCCUACUGCCUCACCAUACAGGUCCUCCAGCGCCAGGAGACCGUCUUCCUCUACGAGAGGAAAACUUCCUCCCAGCAGCCACUGCAGCCUCAGGCCACUCCCUCAAACCACCAGUCCCCGCCUCCAAAUUUCCUAGUCCUGCCCAUAAACAUUGAGGCUCCUCCUCCUAGCAGACACGGAAGUCUGAGCUGCCUGAAAGGGGCGGAGCCUGAGCGGCAGACCGGCCUCUUAAGCAGUUCUCCCUCGGAGAGCAUCAGUAUGAUUCCGAGUUCGGGGGUGGCGUCCCAGCUGAGCUCUCCGGCAGGGCGUGAUGCACGGGACAGUCACGGGAGGCGGGGGAUGAUGCAGGCGAUCAAGAAUGAGAGGCGGGCCUCCAAGGUGCUGGGGAUCGUGUUCUUCCUGUUUCUGAUCAUGUGGUGCCCCUUCUUCAUCACCAAUGUCACUUACGUCCUCUGUCAGGGUUCCUGCAACGAGCCUGUAUUGGCUGAGCUCCUCAACGUCUUUGUGUGGGUGGGAUACAUCUCCUCUGGGGUCAACCCAUUGGUCUAUACGUUGUUUAACAAGACAUACAGAAGGGCCUUUUCCAGCUAUAUACGUUGUCAGUAUAACACAGGGCCGAUGGCAGGGGUUAGUAGUAAAUCGCUAGCUGUUCCCACCAUUCAGUGUCCGUCUCAUGCGGUCACGCCCAUAUUUGGACAUCAUGGAGGGAAUGGGAAGAAGGGAAGUGUGGACCGGAAUAGCAACUGUCGGAAUGGUGGUGGAGGGAGCGGGGCCGACGGUAACGGGAUGAUCAGAGGGGUGGAGCCUGACGAUCCUACAGAUGACGGGAUGAGGAUGGAUAUGGAAUGCCCCGGGAUGAUGUCGGAAUUGGAACCCAGAAUGUCGGAGCUGAAGCUAUCUGUCGACAGCUUCUGCCACGCCCACUUGGAGCGCACCAGCAGCGUCUGAUUGGUUGAUUCGAUAAUUGGAUUACGCCAGCUCUGCGGCUCAUUGGCUGAUGAUGGACGGAYGGACGUGAAGUAAUGCGAGGGAGGGAAGGACUGUAGUGGGCAUGUGUCAAAUAACAGCCUAUUCACUGUGUAGUGCACUACCUUGAACAAAACUCACUAUUCAGGCAGCUCUCUGUAGGGCUCUGGUCAACACUAGUGCACUGCAUGGGGAAUAGGGUAAAAUUUGAGACACAGCCACAGUGGGUGGUGCGGACACUUCUGGAAGAAUGAGUCAUGGAAGGACUUACCUUGACUCUUAACCCUUGACCUGGGUGUCAUGGACUUGUACAAUCUAGAACCCCACA